AUGCCUCUUCUCUCGACCGUCCCCUCUACCGAUGCCGACUGGCACAAGCUGGCUGAGGAGACCCAAAGCAAGCUGGUGAUCGACCAAUCUAGCGGAAAGGAAGCUGUGUCGAAACUCACGCUGGAGAGCCUGGCUAAGACGGUCGAUCACACACUGCUCAAGCUCGACGCCACAGAUGCACAGAUUGAUGCGCUGUGCGAAGAGGCGAAGAAGGACAAGUUCGCAACUGUUUGUGUCCGCCUCAAAUGGGUGCCCCGCGCCAUUUCCAACCUCAAAGGCACCGGCGUCGGCGUGGCCUGUGUCGUCGGCUUCCACGAAGGCACCUACACGACUGAGGAGAAAGUGAACGAGGCCACCGCCGCCGUUUCCGCCGGCGCCACUGAGCUGGACGUCGUCAUCAACUACCCGCAGCUCCUCGCGCGCUCCUACAGCGCAAUCUUCACCGAGCUGGCCACGCUGCGCGGCGCCGCGGCCAACACGCCCAUCAAGCUCAUCCUCGAGACGUCGCAGCUGCAGCCGUUCGACGUCGUGGCCGCGACGACGCUCGCCGCUUUCGCCGGGAUCGAUUGCGUCAAGACGUCGACGGGCUUCAACGGCCGCGGCGCAAGCGUCGAGGACGUGCGGACCAUGGUGGCGGCGAUCAAGGCGGUGGGCAGGGGCGAGGGACAGGGCAGGGACAGGAUGUGGGUUAAGGCGAGCGGCGGCGUCAGGGGCCUUGCGAGCGCGAGGGAGAUGCUGCUGGCGGGUGCCGAGAGGAUCGGGGCGAGUUCUGGUGUGACCAUCAUGAAGGAGGCGAGGGAGGCUGUUGGUGCGGACGGCAUUGUGGGAGAGGGUAACAAGGGGGCGGAAAGCGGAGCUGGUUACUGA